AUGCCCAUCCCCUCCCUCCCUCUCUUCGCUGCAGCGGAGCAGCACGCCCGCAACCCCGAUAAGAUCGCCGUCAUCGACACCACCAAGCAGCAAUCCUUCACAUACGUCCAAUUGCUAGCAGACGCCGCAGGGCUGAGGAAGCGCAUACUAGAGGAACUCAGCCUGACGACUUCAGGCGAUUUAGAAGACCGGCGCAUUGCGUUUUUGGUGCCAAAUGGAUACGAUUAUGUCGUCACGCAAUGGGCCGUAUGGGCGGCAGGUGGCAUCUGCGUGCCACUGUGCACAAGUCACCCUGUGAAAGAAUUGCUAUAUACAGUUGGUGAUUCAGACCCCGCGCUGAUCAUCGUCCACCCACAUUUCGAGAAGAUUGCGCCCGCAUUGCGCGGUGCUUGCCCCGCCAAUAUCCCAUUCAUGGGCCUUGAGCCACUAUCUCGCAAUGAGGCGCCGACACUACCUACUUUCGUCCAGCCUUUUGCUCUCACCCGCCCCGCUCUGAUGAUCUAUACCUCCGGAACUACCUCCAAUCCCAAAGGCUGCGUGACCACGCAUGAAAAUAUUACCUUCCAGGCAAGCUGCCUGGUCAAGGCCUGGGAAUAUAGUCCCUCAGACCAUUUGAUCCAUGUACUCCCACUCCACCACGUCCAUGGCAUCAUCAAUGGAUUGGCAGCUAGCUUUAUAAGCGGGACAACAGUGGAAAUGCACCCCAAGUUCGAUCCCAAGGUCAUCUGGGAGAGAUGGCAAGAUCGCGGCUCUUCGACUAUGUUCAUGGCCGUGCCGACCAUCUACUCCCGAUUGAAUGAUUACUUCGAUGCCCAUAUCCGCGGCACCGAGUCAGAAGAUGCCGCGCGGGCUGGCGCGAGUGCUCUGCGCCUUGUCGUCAGUGGCUCCGCGGCACUCCCCACACCCAUCAAGUCCAAAUUUGCCGAAAUCACCGGACAGGUUCUGCUCGAGCGAUACGGGAUGACGGAGAUCGGCAUGGCGCUCAGCUGUGGGCUCGAUGUUCAGAAGCGGGUCGAUGGUAGUGUAGGGUGGCCUUUGCCGGGUGUAGAAGUCCGGUUGACGGAAAAAGAAACAGGGCGGGUCGUAGAUGGGGUGGAUGAGGAUGGCAUGAUUGAGAUCAAAGGUGGUAAUGUGUUCCGUGAGUACUGGCGGAAGCCCGAGGCGACAGCCUCGGAGUUUACAUCUGAUGGAUGGUUUAAGACGGGGGAUGUGGCUCGGCGCGACUCAACUGGGGCGUACUUUAUUCAAGGCCGUGCGUCUGUCGAUCUGAUCAAAUCUGGCGGGUAUAAGAUCUCGGCAUUGGAGGUUGAGCGGAAAAUGCUGGCACUGGCUGCGAUUGACGAGGUUGCUGUCGUGGGCUUGGCGGAUCAAGAAUGGGGCCAGCGAGUCGCUGCAGUUGUCAAGUUCCGAGACGGGGCUCUACCAGUCGAACUUUCCACUUUACGCGCCGAGCUGAAAAACGAAAUGGCUCCUUACAAGAUUCCCACUGUGUUGAAGGUUGUUGAUGGGAUUGAGCGCAAUGCCAUGGGCAAGGUCAACAAAAAGGUCAUUGUACAGAAAUACUGGCCUGAAGCUUGA